AUGCUUGUGGUCACGGUGACAUGUGCCAGUACAGGACAGGUUCAUCCCAUCAUCAGUGCAGUUAUUCAGGUCAGCCCAAGUAUACGCAUGUGUCCUAAUAUUAUUGUGGACAGAUUAUGGGGAAGUCAAAGUGCUGCUGCUGAUGUUGAUCAUGGCGAAGUUGAAGAGGAGGAGCGGGACAGCGACGACCACGAUGACAAUAAUCGUGAUAACAGCACAGUUGGUGAAAAAAUCGAUUUGCCCUUCUGA